AUGACUACUCCUAUCGCUUGCAUAUGCAAGAGUGUAGCUUUACCUAUCCAAUUGGACUCUCUUACCGACCAAUCCAAACUCCAAUUAUGUCAUUGCAACAGCUGUCGAAUGGUGACUGGGCAAUUAUCCUCAUCGUAUUAUCUCCUUCAGCAUGAACCACCGAACCUAGAUGGCCUCCAGGAAUACCAACAGUCCAAGCACGUGAGUCGCUUCUUCUGUAAGACAUGUGGUGCCCACGUCUUCGCUCGCUUGCAGCCUGGAGGACAGUUUCUAGUCGCCUCGGGCUUGUUGGCAGCAAGAAAUGUCCCCUCGGUCCGAGCAGUUGAGCACUGGCAAAGCAGCGAUACUGGUGACGGUGGACUCAGUGCACUGCUUCCUGGAACGGAGUCAACGGUCACAGGUUGCAGAUUACAUUCUUCAACCAGCGUCGGGAGUCCUAACCGAGAACCAACAAACCUGGUAGAAUAUACAUCAACAAGCCAGCAUUUGCGGGCACGUUGCCUCUGUGGAGGACUUGAGUUUUAUAUCACCAAGCCCGAUGCGUCAUCCUUACAAGCAUCCUCGCCAUGGCCAGAUCUUCUGGUUCCAUACCACUCCGGUUCUGGUGCGAAUCCUGACGAUAUCAAAUGGUGGUUGCGAGAUGGUGAUACAAAAUAUAUUGCAGGAACCUGUGUCUGCAACAGCUGCCGACUAAGCAGUGGAUUUCCUAUCCAGACCUGGGCAUUUGUGCCCAGAUCUAACAUCUUUAAUGCAGACGGGUCACCCUUUAUGUUCGAUGCAGGGACCAUGCAGCGGCAUAGAAGUUCACCUGGGGUGUAUAGGGAAUUCUGCAGCUGCUGUGGGGCUUCUGCCUUUUGGCAUUGUGAUGAACGACCACUUCUAAUUGAUGUGAGUGUAGGUUUGCUCCAGGCGAACGGUGCUAGGGCUGAGGACUGGUUGGAAUGGGCGACAGAUCGUAUCAGCUUUGCCGAGAUGGCGGUGCAACAUGAUUUGAUUCAUAUUCUAGAGGAGGGUAUUAAGAUACGUUCAAUGAGAAACUAG